AGUAGUAGUGAUGUUAUAGCACUAGUAGUAAUAGUAGUCACGUGACCCUAACAUUGACUGUACUCCACCUUUUGAGAGCACAGACACUGUACUGAAUGUAUGUAUUCAUUGAAUGAAUGACUGACUGACUGAUUGUCGGGAGAGAGAGACGACAACAACAACAACAGAGACCAUCACAGAGACCACAACAAGACUACUAGUGUCUGUCUGUCUGUGAUUGUGGAUGUGAUUUGGCUAUUGAUAACCAUCACCGACAACAACAACGACGACGAAGACCAUCAUCACCACCACUACCACUAUCGACAUCAUUAUCAUCGACACUAUACACACCACAAGAAAGAUUGUGUAUUCACCGCCACCACCGACGCCGACGCCGCCAUCAACAACACCACCAUCACUGAGGAGGAGGAGGUGUAGGACGACGACGACGACGACGAGGAGGACAUGACUAAAGACAGAUUAGCAGCGCUUAAAGCCGCCCAAACAGACGACGACGAUGUGGCCGUCGGUGUGGACGAAAGGGGCGGUUAUAUGGAAGAGUUCUUCCAGGAGGUGGAACAGAUUCGCGAUAACAUCGAGAAGAUGCAGACCAGUGUCGAGGAGGUGAAGAAAAUUCAUUCGGCAAUAUUGAGUGCACCGCAAACUGACGAUAAAGUCAAACAACAAUUGGAUGAUCUGAUGGCCGAAAUCAAGAGGACAGCCAACAGAGUACGGGGAAAAUUAAAAGUAAUGGAGCAAAAUAUAGAACAAUUAGAACAGACAUCAAUGAUGAGCGCCGACUUCAGAAUCCGGAAGACUCAGCACUCGAUGUUAUCGCAAAAGUUUGUCGAAGUUAUGACCGAUUAUAAUAAGACACAAACCGAUUAUCGGGACCGAUGUAAAGCUAGAAUACAGAGACAGUUAGAAAUAACCGGUCGAUCGACCACCAAUGAUGAACUCGAGGAGAUGAUCGAAAGCGGAAAUCCCGCUAUUUUUACACAAGGAAUUAUGACCGACACUCAACAGGCCAAACAAACGCUGGCCGAUAUCGAGGCCCGACACGCGGACAUUAUUAAAUUGGAAAGCAGUAUACGGGAACUGCACGACAUGUUCAUGGAUAUGGCUAUGCUUGUCGAAAGUCAGGGCGAAAUGAUUGAUAGGAUUGAGUUUCACGUGUCGUCGGCACUCGAGUACGUGGAGGAAGCGGUCAAAGAUACCAAAAAGGCUAUGGAAUAUCAACGGAAGGCCCGUAGGAAGCAAAUAAUGAUUAUAAUAUGUCUGAUAAUAUUGGGCUUUAUAUUGAUCUCAGUUGUCGGAGGAAUGGUUGGCUUUUAGGCGAAAUAGCACACCCACUACAUACAUACAUACACACACAC